AUGACGACCCUCGACCUCGGCGGGCUUACAUCCAGGCUGGGGGACCUGGGACUGGGUCCCAUUCCUGACUUCCCGGAGCCUCAUAUGCUGAACAAACCACUCGAUAUUGGCCGUUCCUACCUUGCGGAUAUCCUUCGCAACCUGGUCCAGUGCGAUUUGCCCACUGCUUAUAAUUGUAUUCAAUGGCCCAACGAUAUCUUCACAGCAGACUUGACGGUCCCCCUUCCGAGGCUCAACCAUGGUGCAGAUCCCACCGCAUUUGCGAUGGAUCUCAUGGAGAGGUUCCCAGAAUGCCCCCUUUUUAUCUUUCCUCUCCAAGAUGGCGUGCAUCUCCGGAUCAUGUUCCGGUCUAACACGCUUCCCCGUCUUCUUCUCCCCUACAUCGACGACCGCAAAGAGACUUAUGGUAGAGACACCGCGAUGGGUCUUCGCGACCCGGCUUCGCCUGAUCUCGGCUGCAAGAAGCUUGUCAUUGAAUUUUCCUCCCCAAACAUUGGCAGUGAAUUUCAUGGCAAACACCUCCGGAGUACGAUCAUCGGGGCUUAUAUUGCUAACCUAUACACAAACAUGGGGUGGGAUGUGGUCAAGGUGAACUAUCUUGGCGAUUGGGGGAAACACAUCGGUCUCCUGGGAGCCGGGUGGGAAAGAUUUGGCUCGGAAGAACAGUUCCAGGCCGAUCCAGUCGGGCAUAUGCUCGGGGUGUACAACCAAAUCGAUGAACUCUUUCGGCCCGAGCAAGCUGCCAGCCGAGCCGCACGAGAUAAGGGCGAAGAUCCCGCCAGCAUUGAGAACCAAGGGCUGUUUGCAGAAAGGAAUGCCUUCUUCAAAAGGAUGGAGGAAGGGGAUGAGCAAGCGAUCACAUUGUGGAAACGUUUCAGAGACGUGAGCAUCGAGCACUAUACCACACUGUACCGGCGUCUGAACGUCAGCUUUGACGAGUAUUCUGGCGAGUCGCAAUUCAAUCCCGACACCAUCGCCGAGAUAGAAGACAUGCUUAAGAACAAGGGACUAUCUGAAGAAAGCGACAGAUCAUGGGUGGUGGAUCUCAACCGACAUACUGGGAAACCGGGCAGAGUGAUCAUCCGCGAUCGAAAUGGAAGUGGAACUUACGCCCUCAGAGAAUUAGCCACGGUCUUGGACCGCUCCCGCAAGUACUCUUUCGAUAAGAUGAUAUACGUGGUUGCCGACGAUCACAAUAUGCAUUUUCAGCGCAUCAAGAAGAUUCUGGAACUGAUGGACAUGUCAGAUCUCGCGCACAAAUUAGAGCACGUUCACUUCAACAAAAGCUCACAGAUGUCAGAAGUGGUGGGCCAAGGACAUAUGCUAGGUGGGGUUCUUGACCAGUGCCAAAAUGCCAUGGUGGAAUCGCUACGGGCGAAUCCCGACAAGGCUGCCUUGCUCGGUGACACAAACGAAUCCGCAGCCGCAUUGGGAGUCUCGGCUCUUCUGGCCCAGGAGCUCUCCGCCAAACGUGCCUCACACCAUUCCUUUGCCAUCGACCAGAUGACUGCCUUCGAACGCGGCACCGGUCCCGAACUACAAUACUGGCAUGCGAAGCUUUGUUCCAUCCUCGAAACAACAAACUCAAACUCAAGCGCGCUUUCUGACGAAGAUUUUGCCCCCGUCGAAAAAGGACAAAACACGGACCUUCUUCGUCUAUUGGCUCAAUAUCCCGACGUCACCAGCUUGGCGUAUGAAAAAUUGGAACCACCCACUGUAAUGAAUUAUCUUGUGAGCAUCACCGAUCAGCUAUCUAUGUGCCUCGAAAGCAAGUUGAAUCCAGCGGAAAGUGAAGACGCUCUAGCAGAAGCACCCGCAGAAGCACACGAACAAAGAGCAGCCGAAGUCCCAGAAGAAGUCCAGGGAGAAGGCCCAGGUGAGAUUCAAGACCAGUUGAAUCUCACACCAGCCGAAACGGUCUUGUUCGAGGCUGUUCGACAGGUCCUCGAAAAUGGCAUGAAAUUGCUUGGAAUUACGCCAGUGACGAGGUACACUCUUAGUUGCUCCUGA